AUCUCGGAGGGAACUGCUAAAAAUAGCCCCGAGGCUGGAGCCUGAAUUGUGCAGGAGAGUUCAUGUGCAGCCCGAUCCCUGCGCUCCCCCAGACACAUUCCGGGGCUGGCGCUGCUUGGGGCGAUGCGGGGAAGGGGAGCAGCGUCUGGGGCUGGUGACAACCCCAGGGACACAUAAAUAUUCCCCUGCCGCGAGCAUCGGGCAGCUCUGCGGGGAGAAAAUGCCGAGAUCUCCGGCAGCCCGGCUGCAGCGUGGGACACGGUGAGGGGGCUGUCACCCCCUGUGCCUGCUGCUGGCACCAGGGUGGCACAAAGGCUGUGCCAGCUGCCCUUGUGCCCGCCAGCCGUGUUUCCCCCUGCACCCCUCCUCAGCCCGGAGAUGAUGUUUUUUCCCAGCCGAAGGUGCUGACGAGGCUGGGGGGAGCCCGGCCGAGCUGCCGCCGGGGCUCGGGCUCGGCCGGAGCUGUGCGGACACCUCGGUGCUCGCCGGUGUCACAGGCAGCCCGAGUGGGGCUUGGGGGCUGCUCCGGGAGCAGAGAGGUGCCAGAAGUCCAUCGGCAGCGUGUCCCGGGGGCCUGGAGCAUGUUCCUGGAGGUGCAGCCAGCAUCUUCCCUCUGUCCAGCACGCAGUGACGGGGAGCCCCGGCGGGGAAAUGCAUCCUGAAUGGGGCUGAGGCCCCCUGCUCGGGAAUAUGCAGCCUCGGCACCGCGGGGGCAGCACCGGGGCAGCGGCCGGCGUGCAGCGGGAUGGUGACAACCUUCAAGAUCGCCGUGCUGGGAGCUCAGGGCGUGGGCAAGAGUGCCAUAGUCCGGCAGUUCCUGUACAACGAGUUCAGCGAGGUCUGCGUGCCCACCACGGCCCGCCGCGUCUACCUGCCCGCCGUGGUCAUGAACGGCCACGUCCACGACCUGCAGAUCAUGGACUUUCCCCCCAUCAGCGCCUUCCCUGUCAACACCCUGCAGGAGUGGGCAGACGUGUGUUGCAGGGGGCUCCGGAGUGUCCAUGCCUACAUCCUGGUCUAUGACAUCUGUUGCUUUGACAGCUUCGAGUACAUCAAAACCAUCCGCCAGCAGAUCCUGGAAACAAGGGUCAUCGGCACCUCGGAGACACCCAUCAUCAUCGUGGGCAACAAGCGGGACCUGCAGCGCGGCCGCGUCAUCCCGCGCUGGAACGUCUCCAACCUGGUGAAGAAGACGUGGAAGUGCGGCUACAUCGAGUGCUCGGCCAAGUACAACUGGCACAUCCUGCUGCUCUUCAGCGAGCUCCUCAAGAGCGUGGGCUGUGCCCGCUGCAAGCACGUCCACACCACCAUCCGCUUCCAGGGCGCGCUGCGCAGGAACCGCUGCACCAUCAUGUGAGGCCUGUCCCCAGGACCCCAAAUCUGGCCCUGGUUCUGCUCCCUGGGUGGUGGCAGCUGUGCUGGAGGCACCUCGGGGGUCGCUGAGGUGACAUUUGGGGAUGGGGCACUGUGGGUGGAGUGGUGCAGGCAGCACGGGGAUGGCCUUGGUUGAACCCCUGGGCUCUCUCCAAGCUCCCAGCGCUUGAGGCUGAAGCCAUCCUGGGGUUGGACAGGGGGUGCCCUCAGAGGGUGCCAGAUUUUGGCUGUGGGUUCAUCUUUGCCAGUUCCUGCCCUGGUGCUGCCUGCCUGCCAUCGCCUGCUCCAGGAAGGGAAUUAUCCAGCACUGCAGCCCGCUGCUCUGGGGGUGCUUCUCUCUCUGGAGGAGUUCUGCUUCUCCCCUUGUGGAGCUGGGAUUUCUCCCUGGGGAGGGCAGAGCAGCCAGAUUACACGGGCUGUCUUGUGGCUCAGGUUGGGUCAGAUUUCCAGGUGGAAUUUCUGGAUGAAAGCAGAAAGGUGGAAAAAAAACCCAACUUAAGUCCCAAUCCUGCUCCUGAUAUCCCCGGGAGUUGGGUUCUGCCUUCCCAGGGCUCUGAGCUCCCCUCUGCCCCAGCACACCCCAGCACAGGAAGGUUUCUCCUCCCCUCAGCCUGUGAACAGCAAAUAAUUUGGGAACACUCCUUGCCGGGCAGGUCUCCCCUCUGCUACCUCUCGUCCUGGGCUCAGCAGGUGAUGGCUUCACCCAUCCCCGGGGUGUCUGGGGCAGGUGGGCAUUCCCCGGGGUGCCCCUGUGCCCCCUGUGCCCCCCAUGCCCCCGGCAGCACCACCAGGUCCGACCCUGCUGGGUUUUCUCACAGGGAUGUUGCCUCGGCAGCAACAGGGAGCUGGAGCAGCACUUCCAGUUGUAUUCUUGUUGGUGUUUUUUUGUUUUUUUUUUUUUCCUCUUUGCAUAUCCCUAAUAGGAAAGUGAGCCCCUCUUUUUUUUUUUUUUUUAAUUUUUUUAUUAUUAUUUUUUAAUCUUCUGGUUUAUGUUUGCACCAGAGCUGCAGCUCACCUGCAUCCUGCCCUGUAGGGUGGGUUGCCAAAGGGCAGCCCCUGUUAGGAAAUGAUGAUGGGGUGGUGAAGGGAGAGCAAGAUGCCAAGAGGGUCGUGGUUUCUCCAUGGCUGGUCCCUGUGAGACACAGGGAAACACCAUCCUCAUCUCCUGAGGCAGGAUCUGUGUCUGAUCCAUCCUCCAGCAAAACCAUCUCCGUGAUUCCUGCUGUCACAAGGAGCUGGAUGGGCUCAGCACUGCUCUGGGCAGCAGAACAGGACAGCCAGCCCUCUGUGCCACCACAGCCAGGUGUCCAUGGCCCAGCAGCUCUGAGCUCCAGUGCCUCUCACCACCCCACCCCUGUGCCAGGACUGGGGGUACAUCCUGCUCCCCCCUCCCCGCUUAGGGAGUCAAACCCCUUGCUCCAAAAUUUAAAAAAAAAAAAGGAAAAAAUUAGGAAAGGCAAUGUGGGGGCACGGGUCCAUCUCAGCCAGGAAGGGCAGUGGCAUUGUCACCAUUGUCACCAUCUCUCACCCUCAUGGCAAACCCGGCUGCCCUGUCUGAGCUCAUCCUGUCAGGAUUUAUUAACACAUGUAAGUCCACUUAUCGAUCCCUGGCUAGAGCUUUAUCCCUCCAAAUUGUCUGAGAAGGAAAUUCCUUGGUAAAUGCUAAUAAUAAAGCAUUUAUAAAGUGCUCUGACGUACACAUAUCAACGACUAAGCCAAUACAUUGUUUGUUAUAACCCUGUAGCCUGCAGUUUAUAGCACAAUUAGUUACAGGUUUUUAUAGCAUCUAUUUAGUAUUUUGAAGAAAAAAAAAAAGGUUAUAAAUAUAAUUGUUAUAUUCUAUUGUACUUUAUAGACAGAGGAAGUUAUAUUAGUAAUAAUAACAACUCUCACUGCUUCGACAGCAUUUCCCAGCUCCCGGGAAAACGAGGGCUACAAAGAGUUACUUCCCCAAGAGCCCAGGAAGGGGCAGGUGGUGGUGGUGGCACCCUGGGUGCAGGCAGGGAACCCCAGGCAGGCAGAUCCGGGGUGUCCACGCCCAGGGAUUGGAGCACACAGGAGCACCCUACUCACACCUUACUACAGAUUUACCCAACGCCACCCUGGUCCUGCUGACAGCAGCCUGGGCCUGGCAUGGGCUGGGAUGUCCCCACUGCUGUGCCCAGGGCAGUGCCAGGUUUCUGCCCCCGUGCUCGUGGAGGCGAUGCCUGGGUUUGGUUCGACCCCACCAAGGAUGCUUCCCUGUCCCUCUCCUCCUCCUGCCCCAGUGAGUAUCCCAGUUGCCUGGACUUGGCUUUCCUCUCCCCCCUGGACUCCUUGUCAGAGAUUCCCGAGGUGUCUGCACCACCUGUGACGCCCUGCACCUCCUUCUUUGAAAUGGAAUUAAAAAUCAGGUCUGUCCCCCUU